ACAGAAAGAUAGGCUUUCUUUCAUCAAAAUCUCUUCUCUCUUGCAGUUUGUUCUUGUCUCCAUCCUUUACUACUUUAUUCAACAGCUCUUUUCCCUUUUUCUAACUAACCCGUCACCUUCCCUCUUUACCAAUCCUUUUCUUGCUCUUCACUCCUCACUCUUUUGCUACUUCUAACCCACAAAAAGAAGCCAUAAUCCAACACCCAUUAAUUUGUGUCUUCUUUCCAAAAUAUUAAGAGAAACGAAGAUGGGAAAUUGCAACUGUUUUACAAACUCAAAACAAGCAAUGGCUGAGAUAGCUCCAUAUGAUCUCAUCAAAUCAACUACAGCCGUCCACUUAUACGGUGACCCCGCCACCUCUUCCACUCUCUACUUUCAUUUUGCUCUUCUUUACAAGACCAGAGCGCUUCAGUUUACACCCACUGAUGACCCGCAACCAGUGGUUCAAAUCGGGUCUGAAACGAUUUCGGGAACCCGAGAGAUGAUGGUCCGGUUCAUAGACGUGAAGUUGCCGCAGCCGCCGUUGGUUGUGCCGGUGGAGGAGGAGGGAUGUGAGACGGCGGCGUUGGUGGUGAAAAUGGCGGCGUUGCAACAUAGGAGUGUGGUGUGGCAUUUGGAGAGGAUGGUGAGGUGGAGUGAAGAUUUGGUGACACGUGGUGGGAGGAGGAAUGGUGAUCCGGCAAUGGGGAGUGAGAGGAUGGAGGUGAAGAAGUUUCAAAAGAGUUAUACACAGUUGUUGGAGGUCAUGGUUGAGCACGCGCAAAUGGAGGAGCGUGUGGUUUUUCCGCUUUUGGAAACGGCUGAGAGAGGGCUAUGUAAAGCUGCAAAUGAGGAACAUGGAAGGGACCUGCCCAUCAUGAAUGGAAUCAAAGAAGAUAUAAAAUCAAUUGUAGUUCUUGACACUGGAAGCCAUGACUACCGAGAGGCUCUUCGGAACCUUUCCUCUCGGCUCAGAUCAUUGCUGGAGCAUAGUAAAGAGCACUUCCAGGAGGAGGAAAGAGAUGUAUUGCCAUUGAUGGAGGCUAUGGAGCUGAGCAAGGAGCAGCAAUUGAGGGUAUUGGAGCAGUGUUUUGAUGUGAUGCAAGGGACCCAUUCGCAUUUGUUCAGCUCUUUUAUCCACGGCCUUCUCCCUCGAGAAGCAAUGCAGUACCUGGAUUUGAUUAUAAGUUGCAAAGAGGAAAAACUCGUGGCCCCCAUGCUUCUUAGGAUUAUCCAGUAGGAUGUUAGACCUGAGAAUGGAUUGCUGCUUUUUCGUACUGUUCAUAGAGAUAUACAAGAUGUUUUGUGUAUUCUUGUAUAGGGCUGGAGCUACUGGUAUUUGUUUUCUGAUACUUGCCUUUGCUCUGGUGUGCCAUUUUGAAACUGUUGUUUGUACGCACAGGAGCUUUUGCCAGGGAAUGAUUGACAAGUAACAGGAAGUUUUUAGAUUUGAUGGAGAAAAUCUACACAAAGAUAAAGAUAUAUAAGAGAUAUUUCCCAUCUCAAUGUUUAA